UUUUCGAAAAGUUGAAAAUUUAUUUUAAUAUUUCACUUUCUUUUUUCUUCUUUUUUAUAUAUUUAUUUUUCUCUUUUCAUUUCACUCUCCAUUCUUUUCUUCGCCUUCAAUCUCUCACUAUAACGGUUACGGUAACGGUUACAGGUAUUUUCAAAGAAAAACAACCCUUUAAAUAUCCUUCCUUCAUUAAUAACCAUGAAGUCAUUCAAGAUAAUGGUAAUGUUAUUUGUCAUAGCAUUAGUUGCUCUAAUUAAUUUGACGGAUGCCGUUCCUCUACCCAAUGAUCCAUCGACCGGUGAGAUGGAAUUACUCCUUGUCGAGAAACCUACUAUAAUCUAUGUCAAGAGAGAUUUGCCAACAGGAAGUGCCAGUGACCCUGAUAUUAUUGCUCCUCCUUCUCCUGAAUAUAACAACGGAAGUCAAUUAAAAAGACUUGCCAUUCCAAUUGGUGUUGUAUGUGGUGUAAUACUCGGUUCCAUUGUUUUAUAUCUUGUUUGGAAAUGGUGUUUCAAAUCUUCAGAAAAAUAAUGGAAAAAACAUUUUUUUUUAUAUAUAUUUAUUUGUAUACAGUAUUUAUAUACAUAUAGAAUAGAAUUAUUAAGUUUGGUGUUGGCGUUGGAUAUAACUUAGAGGUUAAUUGGUAGUUAAUGUUUUAUAUUAUAUUAUAUUAAUUAAUUAUUUUCGUUAAUUCCCGAAAUCUUUUUCUUAGAACAUGUUUUUUUAAUUUUUUACAACCGAAUGAAAUUUAUUCAAUGUUCCAAUUAUGAAUUUUUCCAUCUUAGUCCAAAAAUUUCUUAUUGACUGAAUUAAGUAAAAUAGAUUAAUGUAAUACUUGUUACUAGUG